AUGGCUGAAUUUGUCGAUCCCCGGAUGUCCUCCAUCAAGCCCCGCAUCCGCUACAACACCAUCGGAGGUAUCAACGGUCCGCUGGUCGUCCUUGAUAAUGUUAAGUUUCCCAGAUACAAUGAGAUUGUUAGUCUUACAUUGCCCGAUGGGACGGAACGCUCUGGUCAGGUGCUGGAGGCUCGAGGAAACCGAGCAGUUGUCCAGGUGUUCGAAGGUACCUCGGGUAUUGAUGUGAAGAAGACCAAAGUCGAGUUCACUGGCCACAGCAUGAAGCUCGGUGUGUCCGAGGAUAUGCUGGGUCGAGUGUUUGACGGUUCCGGACGUGCUAUUGAUAAGGGUCCCAAGGUUUUGGCAGAGGAUUAUCUGGAUAUUAACGGCCAGCCUAUCAACCCAUACUCUCGAGCAUACCCCGAGGAGAUGAUCUCUACUGGUAUCUCCGCCAUUGACACUAUGAACUCUAUUGCCCGUGGACAGAAGAUUCCCAUCUUCUCUGCUGCUGGUCUUCCUCACAACGAGGUCGCCGCCCAAAUUUGCCGACAGGCCAGUCUGGUCAAGCCGACCAAGGGCAUUCACGAUGAUCACGAUGAUAACUUCUCCAUUGUCUUUGCUGCUAUGGGUGUUAACAUGGAGACUGCUCGUUUCUUCACUCGCGAUUUCGAGGAAAACGGAAGUAUGGAGCGUACCACUCUCUUCCUGAACUUGGCCAACGACCCUACCAUUGAGCGUAUCAUUACCCCCCCGUUUGGCUCUGACUACCGCCGAAUACUACGCUUAUCAGCUCGAGAAGCACGUUUUGGUUAUCAUGUUUCCGCUGCCCGUGAAGAAGUGCCCGGUCGUCGUGGUUACCCCGGUUACAUGUACACUGAUCUGGCUACCCUGUAUGAGCGUGCUGGUCGUGUUGAGGGCCGUAACGGAUCUAUUACCCAAAUCCCCAUUCUGACUAUGCCUAACGAUGAUAUCACGCAUCCUAUUCCCGAUCUCUCAGGUUACAUUACGGAAGGUCAAAUCUUUAUCGAUCGUCAGCUUUACAACAGAGGUAUCUCACCACCAAUUAACGUUCUGCCAUCCUUGUCCCGUCUCAUGAAGUCUGCUAUCGGCGAGGGCCGUACUCGCAAGGAUCACGGUGAUGUUUCCAACCAGCUUUACGCCAAGUACGCCAUUGGUCGUGAUGCCGCUGCCAUGAAAGCCGUCGUCGGUGAGGAGGCUCUCUCCCCUGAGGACAAACUCUCCCUCGAGUUCCUUGAUAAGUUCGAGCGCACCUUCAUCAGCCAGGGUGCCUACGAAUCCCGUACCAUCCAUGAAUCUCUCGACCUCGCCUGGAACCUACUCCGCGUCUACCCCAAGGAGAUGCUUAACCGUAUCCCCAAGCGUGUCCUGGACGAGUUCUACGCUCGCUCUGCUCGCAAGAUCCCUAACAAGGAUACCAAGGAUACCAAGGAUACCUCUGCCGAGAACCAGAAGAGCGGCGACCUCAUCGAUGCUUAA